UCUGUGUUUGGUUGCCCUCGAGCUAAAGGUCUGCUUUAUUUAUUCAUAGAAUUAUCAUGUUAUGAGAGAUGGUGGUCCCAAGUACAGCACACAGAGAUGUUAUAUUUGUGAUAGACUCUUCAGCAUGUCAUAGUGGAGUGUUACCAUUCCUACUGAAGGAGUAUAUUCAGCCAUGUGUCGAGUAUUUCAGUGGUAGAAAGCUGCCCGAUAUCUCCUAUGGCAUGCAGACUGGUCCUGUGCAGUAUGGUCUGGUGACACUGAAUGCCCCUGGCCUCACCUAUCGCCCUGUGUGCACUUACUACCCAAUUACCAGUAACCCCACUAAACUGCUCAAGUGGAUCGCUGACUUGAGGCUGGAGGGUGGUCUGGUGGGACACUCCCUGCUGCUCUCUGAGGGACUGGCUGCAGCCAUGGAGCUGGGCCAGUUAAUGAGGAGCACAAGAGAAUCAUGUAUGAGUCCCGAUGUGACGGUGGAGAAGCACUGCGUUCUAGUGCUGAACCAACCCCCCUCUCACCAUCCAUGCGUGGAGUCCCUCAAACACGCCGGGAAGACACUACCACAAAUUAUCAAGCUGCUCGUUGAGGGAGGUGUGCACCUGUCUCUUAUCUCCCCUCGUUGUCUGGCCGAUCUGAGGCACCUAGUACAGAAGACACUGCCCAUCCCCUCUUCAGAAACUGAUACAUCACCCCUCGAUGAUAUAGACCACGCCCUCCAUCCAGGUCACCUUGUGCUCCUGCAAGGAUUUCAACUGUCAGCUAUCAAGGAGCGGAAAAAGGCUCUUCUGGAAGAGAGAAUGGGCUCUUCUGAAGUGAAACCAACUACCGAUAUUUCCAUGGACACCACCUCACCAGCUGUUAAGAUAGAGUCUGUUAAGAUAGAGGAUCCUCUUCCGGCAAACUUAUUGAUAAAAGUUGAACCUCGCAGCGACUCCGCCCUCACCUUCUCCACAGGCACACCUCUCAAACAGGAGCCCCUCACAGAGUCCACCAGCUUCACAUUGCCCACACCGCCCACCACACAACCCGUCAAGAUUGCCGUGGUAGGUCAAGCCAGUGCUCAGGUCCUCCCUACCGGUAGGUCAGCUGGCAGUAGCAGUCACAACCCCAUACAGAUCAUCUCUCCAAGUUUACCCAACAAACUAUUCUUCUCGCAGCCUCCCAUCUCUGCAAUUAAGAACGAAGCUAUUUCUGUACAGAGUACCAUUAACGAGACUCAGUCGACAACUACUCAAAGCACACCGUUUUCAACAGCUUCAUCGUCUGUUUCUAUGGCGAGGACGGCCUCAGGGGGAGUCCCCUCUGUGGGGGGUACUGGACCAAACUUGGAGAUGGCAAUGAAAGCCGCUCAACUUGCAAUAAUCCAGGCUCAUCAUGUGUCCGGUCAGGCGUCCAAUUCCAGUGUGCCCCAACCGGGUUCGGGUUCCAUUCCAAGCAAUCAGGCAUCAGUAUCAAUAGGACAGAAUCAACAGGUGGCCCCAGGAGUGCAACCCAACCACAGUGUGAUGGUUCAGCCGUCUCAAGUCUCCCAGGCAUCUGCUUUUGCUGGUAACAAUAUAACGAACAACCCGACAGUUAGUGGGGUAGGGGACAUAUUGCAUCGUGUUCCCACUCCUCCCAUUGGGUCCGUGCCCAGUGCUGUACCUCAAGCUCCUCCUCCCACACUGGCACCAACUCCAGCACAGCCUGGGCUCCCAUUGCAAGGCCAGCUACAAGCUCCACUUCAACAAGUGCCGCGGCCAGUCACAAUAUGGAUUGGCAUCAUGGAGGUAGCAGAUGUUCACGAGAACCAGCGUCAGAUGAGGCAGAUCCAGUGUUCCGUGACCACCAGCAGAAGUGACGUUAUUCAAGAAAUACAGCCAAACACUUGGCCAAAGAAGAUGACAAUGAGUGCCUACCCUAAAGCCAUGUUGAACUCAAUCAUGACUGGAAUGGACUUCAACAGGGGCACUUCAAACCUCAAGACAGUCAACUUUGUGUUUCCAGACCCUCAAAACCAGAAUGUAUCAGUGCUACGUCAACUCAUGGCUGUCGACGCCCCCAUCAAAAUGUUUGCAAUAGUACACCCGGUGGUGGCCAACACAGUAUGCCCUAUUAAAGCUCUUAUCCUUGUCUGGAAUGACAAGCUGAAACAGUUCACUGGACUAAUACCACUGGAGCAGGAGAAGUUUGUAAAUGUUUUCAAGCAAGUACUGAUAAGACACAGACAGAUUCAGCAACAACAGCAGCAACUACAGCAAGGUGGCCUACAGAGUAGCAUCCAACAACAACAGCAACCCUCGCAACCCCCUGGUAUACAACAACAGCAACCCCCUGGUAUACAACAACAGCAACAACCCCUUGGUAUACAACAAGGUUCACAACAACAACAGCAACCCUCCCAACCCCCUGGUGUACAACAACAGCAGCAACCCCCUGGUGUACAACAACAGCAGCAACCCUCAGGCUUCCAACAGCAGCAACUCCCUGGUAUACACCAACAACAGCAGCAACCCCCUGGUAUACAACAACAGCAGCAGGCCUCUGGACUCCAGCAAAGUGGAGCUCAGAUGGGACAGAACUAUUCGCAAUCUUCUGUGUCGUACGCUACACCAUCGAGUAUGCAGUCGACUAUGUCUCAGGCCCAAGGCUCUAAUACGAUAGGACAGCCAAGCGGAGGAGGGAUUAUGGGUCAACGUGCAGGGCAAGGGCAGCAGCAACAGCAAGGCUUUAAUCAGGGGAGUACAAUGGGGCAGCAAACACAAUCCGGUAAUGGAGGAAUGAUCAGUCAGCAGCAGCAACAAAUUGGACUACUGGGACAGCAACAGUCGCAGCGAGGUAUAGUACAGCAGCAGCAAGGGCCAGGGAUGGUACAGCAGCAACAAGGUCAAACCAUGCAGCAGGGACAGUCUCACAUGGGCCAGCAGUCACAGCCGGGAAUGAUGGGUCAACAAGGGCAAGGAAUCGUGAAUCAACAGCAGCAAGGGCAGACUAUGCAACAGCAACAGCAGCAGCAGCAGCAGGCUGGAGGGGUAAUGGGCAAGACAGGACCGAGCAACAUGGUGGGUCAGCAAGGGGCCACUCAGCCACAGUCCGGAUUUGGACAGGGGGCCACUCAGCCACAGUCCGGGUUUGGACAGGGGGGAAUGACUCAACAGCAGCAACAACAAGAGAAAGUUAAGAAGUUUUUAAUGGCACUGAUCAAUUCGACACCAGAGCAACGAGAGGUUCUUUUCCAGCGAAUGGGAAUUGUUUCCCUGGAGGUAAGACAGCAAUGGCUGUCCAAAGCCGGUCACUACAAGCAGCAGCUUAUUCAGACUCGGAUGCAGAUGAUGGGAGGGGGUUCUCAGCAGGGGGUCCAGCAGCAGAUGUCUAUUGGCCACAAUAUGCAAUCUCAGAUGAAUCAAGGAGGCUACAAUCGACCAGGGGGGGUAGGACAGGCUAUGGGGGGCAUUAGACCUCCCGCCAAUCAAAUGCCCCCUCAACAGCAGCAACAGCACAUGCCCUCUGGAUACAAUCAAUGGCAAGGACAAUAGACAUUGAAUAUAUAGACAUUAUAAACAAUUAAUCAUCAUAAACUUAGUCAUUCAAUUCAGUCGUUCAUUUUAGUUUCAUUUUUAGUGUCCACUUGGUUACCUAUUGUGGUUCUCAAUGGAAUGCAAUGAUAUAAAUACUGAAUUAGCUAA